AUGGCUCUUUCCAAACCGAAAAUUCCAGACACUCCUCAACAUUAUCUAAAGUGCGAUAUUAAAAAUUGUGAUGGUCAUUGUGAAUUUUACUGCAAUUCCUGUCAUCAACAGAUGUGUAAACAAUGCAGAGACCAACAUCUGAAGAUUUCAGAAAAUAAGAACCAUGAGAUGGUCCUUUACCAGCAACGUAAACGACAACUUCCUGUGGAAAAAUGCAAGAUCCACCCAACUAAAGAUAUAGAUAUUCUCUGCAAGGAAUGCAAUACCCCUUUAUGUUCAAAGUGUGCUACAAUGCAAGAACACCAGGGGCAUCGGUUUAGUGAUUUAGAAACUAUCUACACAGAUAAAUUUGAACUGUGCCUAAAGGAAAUCUCUAAUAUCCAUAAUUAUUUCAUUCCUACAUCACAUGAUGUACAGAGAGAAGUUCAGGAAGAUGCCAUAGAAGUUAAACAGAUCAUGGACAGUAUCCGGACAACCAUGAAGGCUGAUGCUGAAUCUCUCAAAAGCAUGGUGGACACAGUUCUCUCAGAAAAUAUGGAGGAAUUGAACCAAAUAGAGAAGUCAUUACUGGAGAAAUUAAAGAGCCAAGAGAAGACAUUUGAUGAUUAUAUUACAUAUCUCAGUGACCUUGUAAAAGAGUUCCAUGGUUACUUGUCAUCUACUAAGCUUACUAACUUCACAAUUAAACUUCCAGAGAACUUACAAAUAAAAUCCAUACCAGAAACCAUAAAACCUGUCACACCAGAAUUUUCUUCUGCUCAAUACAGCAAAAAAGAUGUCGCUAAAUUACUAGGGAAAAUAACUGAAACAAGUAGAAUGGAAAAAUUAAGAAGAGUAAAGCCCAUGGAAAUUGCAUCUUUUUCUACAUCAAUGAAAUCUGCAAGUGAACAGACAAAACAAGAUAAAGACGUGAAAUGUGACAAGAAACAAACAAUGUCUCUAUCUGCCUCUGUCACCAAGGUCAGGGAGUUCAAUGUACCUGGUGUUGAUGGUGUAUACCAUGUAUCACUAGAUCACUCAGAUAGACUCUGGAUCAGUGACAGUAAGGGUAAUCUUGCCCAAACAGAUCUACAGGGCAAUGUGAUACAUAUGAUAAAAACCAGUGGCGGAAAUGAAGGUUAUCACACAGUCACACAGGACAGGGAUCUGAUCUUUACAGAAAAAGACAAGAAAGUCAUCAACAGGAUAACACAGGGUAAUAAUAUCACUGAAUUCAUUAAAACUGGAGACUGGACACCAUACAGCAUACACUCCUCCCACAUUAACGGGGACUUACUGGUUGGGAUGAUGUGUGGGUUUGGAGAGGGUGAAAUCACCAGGUACAACAAGUCAGGAAAAACAUUACAGAACAUACAGAGGGAUAACAAAGGACAGGGACUGUAUGGUUAUCCACACUACAUCACAGAAAACAUCAAUGGAGAUAUCUGUACAUCAGACUAUUGUGCAGACGCAGUAGUGGUGGUGAACAAAUCAGGACAACACAGAUUCUCGUACGGAGGUCAGGAGUCAGUGUUUCAUCCCUAUGGAAUCUGUACCGAUGUCCUCGGUCACAUACUGGUGGUUGAUCACUACAGUAAGAAAGUUUACCUCCUUGAUCAGGAUGGUCAGUUCUUGUCUUCAUUACUCACACAACAACAAGGGGUACAAAUACCCCGCAGUGUGUGUGUGGAUGAUAAGAACAAUCUCUAUCUGGGACAAAAUGCCACAAACACACUGACAGUGUACAAGUAUCUGAAGUAUCUGAAGUGA